AAAUCCCUAACAACCGCCAUUGAAACAAACCUUUUCUCCUUUUUCUCAAGAAACCCUUCUCUCUCUCUCUUCCUUUCUAAUGGCGGCACAAGUCGAAAUCGAAGAUCAAGAAUCCGUCACCACUUUAGACAACGGCGAAAUCAUCAACCCCGUCUUCUCCGGCGAUACAACGAUUCUUCUCCGUGAAUCCACCUUCGAACACGACCUAAUCAAAAACUGUUUCCUCUCCGGAAUGGAAUCAUUCGCCAACGAAACAACAAUCGUCACCGUACGAAAAAACUCAACGGAGAGAAGAAUCACAACGAAAGCUAAAUUCGCUGUGUUCAAGAUUUUCACAGAAGCUAUGACGAGGAAGAACAACGGAGACGCCAAUGUCAAAUACGGAUGGUACUCUGGUUCCAAAGAAGAGAUCGAUCGUGUUAUUACGUAUGGAUUUAGUAAUCGUGAGAUCAAGAAAUUCGAAAACGACGUCGGAUCUCACGGUGUUGGAAUUCAUCUUGUUCAUCAUCGAUACUCUCUCGCUGCGGCUUUAGUUGGUGAAGGUGAUGAAGAAGGAAUAAAGAAUAUUCUGUUAUGCCGUGUGAUUCUUGGUCUAAUUGGAAGAGCAAGGUCACCAUGUGUUAGCUUCUCUGUUCUUAUGUCAAUUCUUUCGAAAUCACUUGAUGUUACAAGAAUGAACUUGAUUUUGACAACUUAUGAUGAUUUUAGGAAACGGAAGCUGAGAAGAGAGCAGCUAGUUAGGAAGAUUAGGGAAGUGGUUGGAGAUCAUCUUCUUUUCAAGAUACUCAAGAAUCAGAGGCGUUAAAAAGUGUGUUAGGGUAAGUCUACUUUAACAAGAUUUUUUCAUAAUCAGUAAUAAUUAUUAAUAUUGUUUUUCUUAUGGAGCAAGGUCUAAUACUUUACUUGUGAAGAUGAAAUAUAUACCUAAAUAGGUUUGUGAAAAGAAUCUUAUUUUCUUUUAUACUUGUAGAAUAAGUCAGAUGAGUAUUG